GAACUCCCGAAGCCCACUUUUUUGGCCUAACCUUUUAAAUGUACUAACUGCCCAUUUUGAUUGAAGUGAAACGAAAUUGAUUAAACAACAAAUUUUCGCCUUCCAUGGCGGUCCAUAUGGCUAGAAGUCCGUAAGCGAACAUAUCGGAACAUACCGACGGGUCGAGCGCUGUCUGUUGCGAAAGGAAAUACUCGGAAAGACCGAUAUUCGGGUCUUACCAAUCCUGCCGUGGUGCUAUUCCUAGAGCAGCUUCAGACUGGCCAGCCGGAAUAACCCUCCUCCGCUUCCCCGAUGACUGAGGAUUGGUCCGCUUGGGCGGGAUUGGCCCGUAUCCCCGGCCCGCACGACAAAGUCUUCAACCAGGAAUGUGUUUUCUCCUUUGACACCGCGGAAUCGCCCGGCGGGUUGUACCUCUGUCUGGACAAGUUCGUGGCCUUGGGCCAGGAUUUCGUCCAAUCUUACCAUGAGCGCACGGGCAACGCGCUCUUUGUCCACGUGCAAGCUCGUCGCGUGCCCUUAGAGGCCGCCGAAGCGGGCGAGGACGAGCGCGUGCCCGAAAAGGUCUCGCGAUUGGCCAUUGGCGUGCCCGGCGGGUUCAACCCUGACGAGAAGAAAUACCAGGUCGAAAGCCAAACUCGCGUUGUGCAUUGGCCCGAUAGAGUCAAUCUACCACUCGAUUCCCCGGAUUUGCCGGCGGCUAUCAAGGCCAGUGCCCAGGCGGUUUUGCGGGCUGAAUCCGCGGUACGACGGGAGGAACUCGAAUCAGCGGCCGGGACUUGGGACGGAGAGAAGUUGGAGGUGUCCAAGUUCGCCCACGACCUGGAGCAAUUGAAUAAUGGUGUCAAGAUCCCGCCCAAGAAUUGGAAAUGCCAACGAUGCGAUUUGACUGAGAAUCUCUGGCUGAACUUAACCGAUGGCUCGAUUUUGUGCGGGCGCAGGUUCUUCGACGGUUCGGGUGGUAAUAAUCAUGCCGUGGAAUAUUACGCCGAGAAGAAGUAUCCCUUAGCCGUGAAACUGGGUACCAUCACUCGCGAUGGCCAAGGCGAUGUGUAUAGCUAUCCGGAAGAUAACAUGGUGGCCAACCCCAAACUAGCGCAACAUAUGGCCCAUUUCGGUAUCAACAUCGAGCAAUUGGACAAAACCGACAAGUCUAUGGCCGAGAUUGAGAUCGACAUGAACCAGCGCAUUGGCGAAUGGGCCACGCUCACUGAAUCUAAUAGCCAGCUCGUGCCCGUGUUUGGACCCGGUUUGACCGGGAUGGAGAACUUGGGCAACACAUGUUACCUCAAUAGUCUCAUGCAAGUGCUUUUCACCCUCCCCACUUUCAACCAGGCUUAUGUGGAGCAAAGCUCGGCCGUUUUCCGUCGAGCCAACUUCACGGAUCCGAUCAACGAUUUCAAGCUCCAGAUGUGCAAAUUGGGAACCGGGAUCUGGUCCGGCAAAUACGCCCAAGAGCUGAGUGAGGAUGAGCGGAAAUUGCACGGUGAGGAUUUCCAGCUCGGCAUCAAACCCACCACGUUCAAUCAAAUGGUCGGCAAGGGCCAUCCCGAGUUCUCGGGUAAGAAUCAACAAGAUGCUCAAGAGUUCUUCCUGCAUCUGUGCACCAUGAUGGAGCGCGAGCAUCACGCUGAGCUCAAUCCGGCCGAGUGUCUCCAAUUCGAAGUCGAGGAUCGCAUCCAAUGUGGUUCUAGCGGCAAGGUCAAGUUUAAGUCUCGCGUGGAGGAUUAUGUUCCUUUGCCCAUUCCCAUGGACGAGGCUUGUAAUAAGACUGAAGUGGACGCUUAUGAGGCUGCUAAGACUGCUUUAGAGGCCAAGGGAGAGCGAGUGAAAGAUGAAGAUAAGGUCAGGCCCAAGAUCCCGUUUGAGGCUUGUCUAAGAGCCUUUCUGCAGGAAGAAGUGGUCGAAGACUUCUAUUCGACGGCCAUUGGCGGAAAAACCUUCUCCAAGAACCAAGUGCGGUUUAAGACGUUUCCAGAUUAUUUACUCAUUCAACUCAAGAAGUUCGAUAUCGGACCGAAUUGGCAGCCCUACAAGCUGGACGUGGAUGUCCCAAUGCCAGACACCAUCGAUCUAAGCCUCCUUCAGGCCAAGGGUAUUCAACCUGGUGAAGAAGAAUUGCCUUCCGAACCAACGCCCGCCCCCGAGCCGGCUAUAACACCAGAUGCGUCGAUUGUACAACAAUUGGUGGCCAUGGGGUUCGCUGAAAAUGGUUGCAAAAAAGCUGCCAUCAAUACCAAGAACGCCGGAACCGAAGCUGCUAUCAAUUGGGUUAUGGAACAUAUGGGCGAUGCCGACUUUGCCGACCCCAUUCCCACAACCAAGAGCACUAGCGGCUCAGGGGCCUUCAAACCAAAUGAAGAGGCCUUGAGCCUCCUAUUGGGUAUGGGAAUGCCCGAGAAGAAAUGCAUCAAGGCUCUGAAGGAAACUGACAACAACACGGAACGCGCUGUGGACUGGAUCUUCAGCCAUCCGGACGACGAUGGAACCAUCACGGAUGAAGGGUCCGAUUCCGCUCCUGCCGCCACCUCCAAGGCCAAGACAUUGACCAAUGGUGAACCAAAGUACGACUUAACAGCCUUCAUCAGUCAUAUGGGCACGUCCACUUUGGUCGGUCACUAUGUCUGUCAUAUCAAGAAGGAUGGGAAAUGGGUGAUAUUCAAUGAUAAGAAAGUGGCCUUGUCCGAGAAGCCGCCAAAAGGACUUGGGUAUCUGUAUUUAUAUAAGCGCGCCGAGAUGUGAUUUGCGGAAAUGAAAUGAAAGAAGAUUGGACUA